CCAACAUCCAGGCCGUGCUGCUGCCCAAGAAGACUGAGAGCCACCACAAGGCCAAGGGCAAGUAGAGGCCCGCUUUCUCGGCGGCAGCUCCAGCAGGUCUACUCCAAACCAAAGGCUCUUUUCAGAGCCACCCACCUGUGCACUAAAAGGGCUCGCGUGUUCCUUAACUGGAUAAUUGAGAAAAGAACAUUUACCGCAGUUGGUCGGUAGGUGUCAGUAGUUACAUCCUGGAGAGUGGAAAGUAACAUCCACUUGAAAGUUAACAGUUCAAGCAAAGUUUACCCUCAGCCCAUUAAAAGAUGAGCAGAGAUACUUUCCUACAAGUUAAGGCCAGCAGUGCAGCCGGCCCUCGGGGUUAAAACAGUGAGGAAACAAUCGGGAGGACAAGGCUUGUCCAAAGGUGAAUAGUUGCAAAAGUCUACAACAGUAAACUAGGGAGUAAUAAAGCCGCCUUCAACCGUCUUCGAAGGACUUGUUUUGCAUCUUAAUGGCACGAACCAUCUGCAGUUAGCGCCUCCCCGGUUGCUGGCCCCUAAUCACUAGGAAACAGGAAUGCAAAACUACAUGCCCCGGAGUCCUGUCCUUGAGGCCGAGCUUAAUACUGGCUUCAGCGGGACUCGACAAAGCCACACUAAUCUUGUGCCAUGUACAAGUCAGGAGUUUUUUAACCUCAUUUCACACACGCCUCUGGAAAUUGUAAAACGUAGUGGCGUGCUUUUAGAUGAGGAUGGUAUAGUUACUGGAAAGUAAAUAUGUGUUCAUGUAGUUAUCAAAUGUGAAAUUAUUUCAGAAUAACUCCAUAUUAGUCAAUUACUAUUCGUCUUGGUGCAUUUAGACAAUCUACAAAAACCUUGGAGGGUCUCUAAAAGAUCUCUAAAUUUAAACAGAAAUCAAGAAAUUGACGUGAAAUUAGCUUUCCUGAACUUGAAAGAGGCGAAGACAAUCAGUUGGCCAAUCACAUCUAGCGCGCGUCUUUUCAAAAAGAAAGAUGGAUAGCCAGUUUCAGGUGCCAGAAUUUCACAUUUUUAGGCAGCAUACAAGAAACAUCGUUGUAAUAUUUAUACUAAAUUCUGCCGAGAAAGGGCAACGAACAUUGUAAAUAAACGGCACGAAGACUAGUGAAAAGGAUUGAAAACAUCAGAAGUGCAACGAUGGCAGGAAGGAAGAUGUUAAUUUUCGGUUUGAACGCAUGGGUGGCUCAUGUGAUCAGGAAGUGGGCGCCUUUUUCAAUAUAGUAGCCGCGAGGCGUGAUGGACAGAUGCCUGGCCCAAUCAGAACGGGAGUCCCAUUAUAUAUACCGGUGCAGGAGCUCCCCUCACGCUGCAUUAGCUGGUUGGUCUUCGGGGUUCCUCAUGGCUCGUACGAAGCAGACGGCGCGCAAGUCCACAGGCGGGAAGGCCCCGCGCAAGCAGCUGGCCACCAAGGCGGCCCGCAAGAGCGCGCCGGCCACCGGCGGCGUGAAGAAGCCGCACCGCUACCGGCCGGGCACCGUGAGUUCUCGCUAUAUAGUAUGUCAUCUGCAAAUAAUGACACUUUUACUUCUUCCUUUCCAANGGCUGGUGCGCGAGAUCGCGCAGGACUUCAAGACGGACCUGCGCUUCCAGAGCUCGGCGGUGAUGGCGCUGCAGGAGGCGUGCGAGGCGUACCUGGUGGGGCUGUUCGAGGACACCAACCUGUGCGCCAUCCACGCCAAGCGCGUCACCAUCAUGCCCAAGGACAUCCAGCUGGCGCGCCGCAUCCGCGGGGAGCGAGCGUAAAUCUCGUUCCCCAAUUGGCAUGUGCGCUACCCCUAAAGGCUCUUUUCAGAGCCCCUCAAUUCUCAACGGGAAAGGGCUGUUAGCUUACAGAGAAGAAAUGGCAGCGCCAUAUGAACUGCGGUGUAGUCCUCAGUAACCGAGUCACCACACUCUAGUGUGUCUUGUAAACCAAACAGCUUCCGCUGGCCGACCCACUCGUACUGGCCCCGUGAGGAGCAGUUUCUGGAUAGCCAUUGAGCAGUGACGGUCAUUUGGAAAGUCAAACACCCUCGAGUGCAACAAGUGAUUAGGAAAGACGGGCCCAAACCUUACAGAAGUUUAAUGGGUUAUACAAGUAGAAAUGCGGCUUAUUAAUAGCUAGAGUAUUCCAGCGCUUUACCUCCAGAAGUAGCCCUUUUGCUUUCGUGUGGCAAGGUGCAGUCAGUGCUUAGACUCUGGAAAGCUUUUAGGAAA